CGUCAUGAUUCCUGCGACGCUUUUCGCGAACUCGUGUAUUGAAUAGGCGUUCUGCGCUGUUGUAGCCUGUAUUAAAUUAAUAUUAUUAACGUAACAUUUCAACAAUAAUGUCGUUUAUGGAUGACGAAACAUCGGACAGUGGGGUAGACUCAAGAUCACGGUUGGAAAGCUUUGUAUUCAGUUGCGAGUUGUCCUCUGAUGUUCCAUUUUACACUUUUCAAGCAGAUGAAGAUGAUGAUGUAGAACAUUUUCUCGAGCUUAGAACGAUCUGUCUGGGUGACGGUGCCAAAGAGGAGAAUAAUGUGGUGGAAGUGACUGCUAUGAAUCACCAAGGAAAGAAAAUAUCGGUGCCAGUAGCUAAUCUUCACAAAUCCUGUCUACCUAUGGUAAGCCUUGGUGAGUUUGAGUUGAUGGCUCCUGUUACACUACGCCUGAAAUCUGGAUCUGGACCAGUGACUGUCAGUGGGCUGCAUUUAGUUGCCACAGAGAAUGAGGAAGACACUGACAUGUCAGAUGAGGAAGAUGAUGAUAGUGAGGAGGAAAUGCCUGCAGUCAAACCAGCCAAGAAAAAGCAGUAGCUUUUAGAUUUUUACCAGAUUUAAUUGAAAGUGGCAUAGGAUUUAACAGAUUUGUGUACUGUCAGAUGUGGUUGCAAAUGUUCAAUCAAAAGGUAAAGGUCUUGUGAACUUUUGACUUCAUGUUGAAAAUGAUUUUAUUUCUUAAAAUACUGUGACUUAUGCUUACAAGUGUCUGCAUUAAUGAGGUGGUGGUUUCUCAUAGUAAAGGAUGUGAGCUGCUAAUAUCAAGAUUCAGUCCCAGUUACCCGGGGAUUGAAAUUACAGUCCUGUCCUGUCACUAUUGUGUCCUUAAAGGGAUAGUUCAUCCAUAAAGUGUUUACCAUAAACUGGCAUUGAAUGACAUCACAGAGCACAAAUAUUUGUACAAUUUCUCCCAUUGAUAUGACUGUCUUUUUCUUAACACGAAGUCAAACAAUGACAAUUAAUUGACAAUCAAUCAGUUGACAGUAGACAGUGAAAAGCCUUUCAAAGACUGUCAAACUGCAUCUGCCUUUAACGGAAAGCACCAGCAGUGUUCUCUAUUGUUUUUCUUUUAUCCCACAGUAUGUCACUUGGUUUGUUCUUAAUGGUCUUUUUUUUUUUUUUUUGCAACUAAGGUUUUGAAUCCCUUUUAGUCCCUUUUUAAAGGACUGACAGAAUGAUGGUUUGCAUGGGGUAUAAGACAUUGAUAUAAAUCAUAAAGGACUGCCAUUGUUGCCAUUUUUGUAUUUUUUAAAUUUAUUUACAAAUCUGUAAAUAAAAUGUUUUAGUAGAA